AUGAUAUCUAAUGAAACCUGUAUUAAUUUUACAAGAUGUUUAACUAUAAUAAAAAAUGGACAGGGAAUAAAUUUUGGUUUUAAUAAAUAUUGUGGUUCUAAUGUUGGUCCGGAACAAUCUUUUCAACCACAAUUUAUUUUUCUUUCUAUUGAUUAUUAUACAAAAAUCGUUCAUAUACAAUAUGAAUUAGCUCAUUCAUUAGCAUGA